AUGAAAUGUUUUUUUUUUGAUGAAGAUUGUAAUUCUUUUUUGAUUGGUUGCCAAUAUAAGAUUAUUGAUAAAUUUCUUGCAAAUAGAUUGGCCGAGGUUAUUGAUAGUCUGGUUAGUGUGGAGCAAUCGGCUUUCAUAAAAGGCAGGCAGAUUUUGGAUGGUCUGUUUCUUCUCAAUGAAAUUGUAGCAUGGAGUAAAUCUUCUAAGAAUCCGAUUUUGAUAUUCAAAGUGGAUUUUGAAAAAGCUUAUGAUUCGGUUUCAUGGGAUUAUUUGCUUGAAAUCAUGCGAAUUAUGGGGUUUAGUUCUUUGUGGUGUAAUUGGGUUUUGGAAAUGUUGUCUUCUGCUACAGUCUCCGUCUUGGUGAAUGGUUCUUCAUCCCGGUAA